AUGACUAAACUAAGAGAUAAUUAUGAAAAAGCUCAACGAAAAUUAGAAACAGCUGAUGCCAAUUUAAAAAAAUUUCAUACACGAUCUGAUCGUUUAAUAUUAGCAAAUUUUGAUGAACGUUUACGUGAAUUAGAAGAUAUUCGUUGUGAAUAUGAACAAUCUCGAACAUUAUCACGUGAUAUACAUGCAACUGAAACAUAUAUAAUAGCUAGUGAAGAAUAUUCAAUUACAAUUAAACUUUUUUAUCAAUAUUUAUAUGAAGAAAAUCAAUUUUAUAAUAACAUAUCUCGAUAUUUAUCAUGA